CGUGUCACGUGCUCUGACGUCACCGGUCGGUAAACACAGCAGUGGGAACAACAGGAGGGGAAACAUGGCGGUGUGCGGACUUCUUAUCGCUUCCUUGUUCGCCGGGGCUACCCUGGUGGCGGCCGACGACGUGUGUAUCUCACCCGAUGGCAGAUUGAAGACAUGCUACGGGGACUUUGCAUAUUGCUGCGGAGCAAAUAACUUCAGCUGUUGCAAUGAGGGGUACUACGUGUACAGCGCUUGGUGGUUCUGGAUGAUUUGGGUGAUGCUGUUCAUCUUCUUCACCGCCUGUGGGUAUGCUAUCCGGAGGCGCCGCCUAGCGGCUCGCACCGUUAUUAUCCAGGGCACACCGGUGCCUCCUCCCCAGGCCUACGUCACCACAGGCACUACUGUGUAUGGGGCGACUUACGGUACCCAGCCUCCGCAGUACAGCGCCGCUGUACCGCCACCACCAUACCAAGCUGACUCAGCAAAGCAGCCACUUCUGCAUUAGAGUGACGUCAGACAGCAAGGUCACCACAGUGGCAUCAUGGGAAGUUGCCUCAAGGAGAUAUACACGUAACGUUAUAUCUCUGAUCUGUAUCUACACUGAAAUCUCAUUGGAUAUCCUAUGUGACAACCAGUAACAAUUACUUGAAAUUUUGUACAAUGAUUACCGUAUUGUUCUGUUAUAAACUGGGUUUAGUAACGGUUGAGACAAGAGAAUUUUUAAUGAUUGUUAACGUUACUAUAGUCUCUUGGCUAGUAUUACUUGCUGAUGGCGACAGAACUAGAUGUAGUUUAUACAUGUAAGACUUGUAGAAUACAUUACACAGUAUAAUUGAUACGGCACAAUACUUCAAUAUUACAUCCAAACCAAUGCAAUUUGUGUAUAAGGACAUACGUAAAGGUUCGAAAUGGUGUCAAUAUAUCAAAUAAUAUGGAAGCUAUUCGUUUCAUGGUUAAUGAUAUAGUCGGAUUUUCCUUGUGUUUUAAUCACUGUCAGGUAAAGAGAGAAAGCUUUGCCAUUUUCCUUCAUGAUCCGCAUGACCAAUAAAGUUGUAAUAUUUCAUUUUA